AUGGUCCUCGACCUCGGCAAGAAUUUCGUCGCUGCGGACGUCGAGCGCAUCAUGAUUGAGAGCAAGGAUAUCACAAUUAACGUUGAGAUGUGGCGGACAGAUAUGAAUCAGAAGAUCAUGAGGGAUCUGCCCUUGAAUAAGGCCAUGCUUGACACCCGGGACCCGGUGGUGUUCAAUUGGUAUCUGAGGAAGUUUGGGAUUGACGUCAACCUGUUUGUCGAUCACUUUAAGAUCGUACAGCUGAGCGGCCUCAGGGCGGGUGUUUGGGGCAUGGCGGAUACGUUUGGCAAGAUCACGACUUUCCGAUAA